UAUAUAUAUAUAUAUAAACAGACGGAAUGCAAAUAAUACACUAAAAGGACCAUUUUUAUGAUUCCACAUUAUAUCAAAACAAGAAUCUGGCAUUAAUAUUCACAGUUAAUAUUUCCAGAUAAAAUGACCAUCAAUAGACAUUAGAUCUUAAUCACUUAAACUACCAAAUGGAUAAUGCUAUAUACUCACAGAUCGAUACAUAAGCAUUUCUUUUUUACAUCCGUGGCUAUUAGAUACUCUUGAGUUGGACUACUCUUAUGGCACCAAAGCAUAAUUUUGACCACAAUGGCAGACAAAUUAGUGACUAACUGGCGGGAAAUAUGGUGAAUGAGGAAUGUAAACACCUAACUGAUCACUUGACAAAGGGGUACAUUAACGCUUAUGAGGGUAACGGUUGUUUUUUUGAAAGUACUUUAGACAACACGCCUAAGUUUUUAUACGACCAACCUUUAUAUGCUUUUGUCCACAGUUUUUCACGAAGGGGCUGUUUAUUUUGUGAACAUUGCUUCAGGCCUGUGGGAUCUUUGAUGGACAACAUUAAUCAUCUCAUUCAACAAUUAUACCCCAAACUUUCUGUGGAUACAUGUCAUUUGAUUGCUCCGCACAACGUGCACUUUACUCAGACGACUUUUCAUUGCGAGGCAUGCAAUUCCCCUUUCUGUUCUUCAUCGUGCUUGAAGGCAUCUGAUUCAUUUCACAAAUUCAUCUGCCAAAAAUUGAGCCCGACUGAAAGCGAAGGUUUGAAAGAUUUGCAAAGUUAUGCUUUGAGAACAAAUGAAAAUUUUUACUUUAUUGGAAUAAUAUACAUGACUAUUAUCGCAAAAGUUUUAGACAAUAAUGAGAGAUUGGACCAUUUCAUUAUUGAACUGUCCGAGUAUUACGACGUUUCAUGGGAGGAAGUACCGCCAAAAGGUGACACUACUGAGGAAUUCGGUAGUGCAAAAUAUGAAAGUGCAUUAUAUGCUCAUGGACUUUUGAUUUCUAUAGUUCGGCGUCAUAUGGAGAUGAUACCGCAAGCGUACGCAGAGGUUACAAGAAAAUUCUUUAGUUUCGAUUACUACCUCCAUUUGCUGGGGAAAAUAGAACUGGUUUCUAUCGAAAUUGAGAUAGAGAAUCCGCUGAACAGACACCUAACACGGCUAAUGGAAAACCCAUCUAUUAGAGGAGCGCUUGGUGAGAAGUUGGAUAAUAUCAAGCGAUUUUUAUAUGGUCUUGACAUCAAUGAUGAUGUGGACAUUCAAAGUAUAGAACUACCUGAUAUACUAGGCGUUGGAAUAUACAAAUCUUUGUCAUUACUCAAUCAUUCAUGUCAGCCUAAUAUAGAGUUUGAUUACGUCGAUAACAACACAGCGAGAGUACAACUACUCCGCCCAGUUUCAGCAGGGGAGCAAGCAACCAUUUCAUAUGUAGAUGCCACAUUACCACUGGAAAAGCGCCGAAGGGAACUAUGGGAUAAUUACUUGUUCAUAUGUCGUUGUCAAAGGUGUUUAGAAGAAGAUGGAAACGAGAUCCAUGAAAUAAGUGAAACUGUUGCUGAAUGACAUACCAACGUUUACACACACCUUCCAUCU